AUGCCACUGCGACCAGUGAAUCAACCGGUUAGGGCUGAUAUAGGCGCAUUUGCAGUCACAUACGGAGAUAGCGAAGAGCAGGAUGGAAACUUAGAUGGGAUGCCAUCCAUGAGAACCAAUCCGCAGGGUGAUCGCAGAAGAGGAGACAAGAAGCGCAACAGUACAACCGAUGGCUCGAUUUUCGAAUCAAACCACGCCAAUGCUUGGUGGUACAUCUUUCCGAAGAACGCUCCGAAAAGUGGUAUCCAAAAGGUGUUCAAGAAGGUCGAUAAAAACCUCAAGGGAGAUAACAAACCUACAGAAGGGAUUGCAAGGCCUUUAAUGCUUCCGAAUAUCCACUUAAAAUUCAACGCUGCUCGAUGGUACCACAUAACGAACGAACGACCGGAGGGGCUUGAUCAAUUAUCGACGAGCCCCCGAGGGAGAUUUUGUAUGGGCCGGGGACAUGCAAGUGGCAGUUCUUGGGUACGACAAUCGAGUUGUAAAUGGAGGGGAGGAUUUAGAGUGGUUCCUAGUGAUCCAAAUCAUAUGAAAUCCCAAGCGUCAUAUAUUGACAAAAUCGCCAACUUGGCCGACAAACGAGGUACAUACCACACUCCAAUGGAGAAGAAAGAGCUUUUCCCGUACCAGCAAAUUGCAUCAAAAUCCUCAAUCCACAAGUUCCAGAUAGAAGUGGGUUCUCUUAUGUACGCUGCAUUAAGUACAAGAGUCGAUAUAGCAUUUGCAGUAUCCCGCCUUUCAAGAUUCUUGACAAAUCCCGGUCCUGAGCAUCAUGAGGCCUCGGAUCGAGUAUUAUGCUAUUUUAAACAAUAUCGAUCUCGAGCACUGCAACUAGGGGGUGCAGAUACGUUUGUAGAAGCGAGCGAUGUAUCCUUUGAGGAUAAUACUCUAGACCGGAAGAGUUCUCAAGCAUAUGUGAUGUAUCUAUUUGGAGGAGCGGGGCUACUAUAUGUGCCUGCCCUCGAUGUACGUGAGUUGCACAUGCUGGCCGGAGUGCCAGGAUGCCCAGGUCCUAGCACCUGUUUCCGGGCUUCGAUCACCUACACUGCAGCUCAGCAUGAACAACUUCUCAUUAACAUACCAGAAUCAAGGACGAUGAAAGGAAGCAGAAAAGCUAGGUGUGCAGGUGAUUGA